CCCAGCCCAGCAGUCACCCCAUAGCCACCGUCGACAUUAGUACCAGCUGGGAUGAAGCGCACUUCCGUGAGUGAGCAGGGGUUUGUAUUAUUUCUCGUCUGAUCGGAUCCCACGGGCAUCACAUUCCCGACACGAUCUGGUCGUGAGCUGCGUCGUCGUCUUGGGCGAAAAGGAGGCGACAUGAUGGAGGAGAUCGACCGAUUCCAAGUGCCCAACGUCGUGCAGGAAACGGAGAUGCAGCCGCUGGACCCGGCCUCCUCCACGGCCUCGGAGGCUGACUCGGACACCAGAGAGGGCGAACCCGUCCCCCUCAACUACAAGCCCUCCCCCCUCCAGAUGAAAAUAGAGAAACAGAGAGAGCUAGCCAGGAAGGGCUCGUUGAAGAACGGCAACGUCGUGGGCAGUCCGGUCAACAACCAGCCCAAGAAGAACAACGUCAUGGCCAGAACCCGGUUGGUGGUGCCCAAUAAAGGCUACUCCUCGUUAGACCAGAGUCCAGACGAGAAGCCCUUGGUUGCGUUGGACACAGACAGUGACGAUGACUUUGACAUGUCGAGAUACUCAUCGUCCGGAUACUCCUCUGCUGAGCAAAUCAACCAAGAUCUCAACAUCCAGCUGCUGAAGGACGGUUACCGCUUGGAUGAGAUACCGGACGACGAGGACCUGGAUCUGAUCCCGCCUAAAUCGGUUAACCCGACGUGCAUUUGCUGCGAGGCAAGCCCCUCCACCACCUGUCACAUCCAGUAACCCCUCCCCCUCUUAACUCCCUCAUGUUGAUUUUCUUCGCGGUGAGGCAUGGUAAGAAAUAUACGACCAAUUGAAAUGCGCUAGAAUAGGAAUGACUCAUUUAUUAAUUCAUGAAAUGUUUGUUAAGGGAAAAUGGUGAAGGUAGUCUGAUGUUCACAAGUCGCAAAGAGUUGGCACGAUUGAGAUUUGGGGUGUAGCUUCAGGUUGAACCUAAAAUGCACUUCCAUCCAUCCAUCCAUCUUCUUGAUGGGUGAAUUUAAUUCGCUGAGAGGUUGUUGCCAAUGAUAGCUUCAUUUAUUGACUAAACUUCUGUGUCAGAGACUCUCCACGCUUCACUUUUUGGCCACAGAUACACAUGAAUUAUAACUAUAGUGGAAUAUUAUUAUAAAAUAAAUAUUUUAUUUUGUAGUUGAGCUGUAAUUGUAGCGCCUUUUUUUGUUUCAUCCUGAAAAGUCACCCCAAAGCUGAAGAUGCUUUUUUUUCUCCCCUGCUAGUGCUGAUGUUUUCCUCCUAUGGCAGGACAUGCACUUCUCCUCAACAUAAUCUUAAAUGAUGAUAUUGCUGACUCAGCUGCUCCGCUUAGUUAACAUACGGUUUACAAUUUCUAACUACUGUUGCCAUGAGUUUAAUCGGUGUGUGUUGAAGAGGCAAAUGAGUACUGUAGCCCCCCCCCCCCCC